AUGCCUUUCGGAUUGACAAAUGCCCCAACAACAUUCAUGGAUUUGAUGAACCGGAUAUUUAGACAGUAUCUAGGUAGUUUUGUAGUAGUGUUCAUUGACGACAUCUCGAUUUAUUCCCGAAACGAUGAAGAACAUAAAGAGCACUUGAGAAUAGUAUUGAAGACCUUGCAAGAACACCAGCUUUACGCUAAACUUAGUAAGUAUGCGUUUUGGCUUCGAGAGGUGAAAUUUUUGGGACAUGUUAUUUCUAGUAAAGGUGUGGUAGUAGAUCCUCCUAAGAUAGAAUCAGUGAUGGAAUGGCAGAAACCGACCAACGCUCAUGAGGUACUGACUUUUUUGGGUUUAGCAGGAUAUUAUAGAAGAUUUGUCGAAGGAUUUUCUAAAUUGUUUGGUCCCUUAACGACAUUGAAGAAGAAAAAUGCUAUGUUUGUGUGGAGUGAGGAUUAUGAAAAGAGUUUUCAAGAACUCAAAAGAAAAUUAACCACGGCAUCUGUGUUGGCUUUGCCUAAGCCUCAGAAGUUGUAUGUGGCUUUUAAUGACGCCUCUAAGAUGGGAUUAGGGUGUGUAUUGAUGCAAGAAGAGCGAGUCGUCGCUUAUGCUUUGUGA